GCCGCCGGAGCCUCAGUAUUUGUUGACAAACCGGCAACGCUAUACAGCCGUGAGUGACGCUAGUGUUGCCCCCACGCAGGACUCGGCUCCUCUCUCUCUCUUUCUCUCUCUGUCUGUCUGUCGGGGAAAGUGACUGUGGAUGGUAGUUUUUCGUCGCAUGGCCGCGGAGUGGGUGUAGUGAGGACAGUGAGUGGGGUGCGGCGGCGCGCGGCUCAGGACAAGUCUAGAAUGCUGCUGAUGGAGAAGAUGUUGCCUCACCUUGGCUACGUGCAACCCGCCUUCCACGUGCUGAGCCAGCUCGCCAGGCCCGUCCCUCUGCCGCUGGGACAGCAGCUGCCUCCGCUGCCCAGCCUCAACCACUUCGGCAGCCACAAUGGCCUCAAGAUGGGCGGAAUGCCGCCCGCCACCCACGAGGGCGGCCCGCACCCGCUCGCCUUCUCCGUGCUGGGUCGCGGCGGCGGCGGCGGCGGCUUCCUGGAGCGGGCGGGAGGAGACCCCAACGGCGGGCUGCCGGCCGGCCUCCCGUCGCCCUACGAUCGAGACGACGACAAAGAUCUCGACGACGCGGACGGCGACGCGGCGGCGAAGCGGCGGCGCUCGCGCACCAACUUCAACUCGUGGCAGCUGGAGGAGCUCGAGCGCGCGUUCGAGGCGUCGCACUACCCCGACGUGUUCAUGCGCGAGGCGCUGGCCAUGCGCCUCGGCCUCACGGAGAGCAGGGUCGCCGUGUGGUUCCAGAACCGGCGCGCGAAGUGGCGCAAGAAGGAGCACACGCGGAAGGGCCCGGGCCGCCCCGCCCACAACGCCCACCCGCAGACGUGCUCGGGCGAGCCCAUCCCGCCCGAGGAGCUGGAGCGCCGCGAGCGCCUCCGCCGCGAGAAGAAGCUGCUCAAGCAGCUGGAGCGGCAGCAGCGCAAGCUGGCGCUCAAGGGCGUGCACGUCAGCCUCGAGCAGCUGCGCCGCGAGUACGAGACGCAGCACAAGCCGGAGCCCGAGAUCGACGUGGUGGGCGACGCCGACGACUCGGACGACACGCGCGACUACGCCGACGACGGCCCCGGCGGCGACUCGUCCUCGUCCUCGCGCGAGCCGCCCGCCUCCACGCCCACGCCCGCGCUCGCCCAAGAGCCCGCCCACCACCACCACGGCCGCCACGCCGCCGCCCAAGCGCCCGCGCCCUUCCACCUUCUCCAUCGCGUCGCUGCUGUCGCUGUCCGAGCCGGCGGCCGAGGGCGCGGCGCCCCCGCCCGCCCCGCCGCCCCACGGCCGGCCCCUCAGCCCGCUCUCCCACGCCCCCGCGGGCCCCCUCGGGCCUCGCGACGCCUCCUCGCCCUCCGCCCACGCCGCCCACGCCUCGCCCGCGCACGCCGCCUCCCCGCCCAUGGCGCUCGGCGGCGCGGCCUCGCCCCCCCUGCGGGACGGCGACGGGGGGCGCGCUCACCUCCUGCCGGCGCUCUCCCUGCCCGCCUCCAUCAGCGUCAGCGUCGGAGACCCACGCCCAUGCCCUCGCCCGACGGGCGCUAGCCUCCCUCGCGCCCGCCCCCCUCCCCCCGGCGGGCGGGCGGCGGGAGGGGGGGGAGGGGCCAGUCCACGAGGAGGAAGAGGGAGGGAGCUCGGCGAAGGGGCGCCUCCCCUCCGCCCUCUCCCUUUCCCCUCUUCUCCUUGUCUCCCUCCCUCCCCUCUCCUCCCCCCCCUUCCCCCCGGGGUCGAGCUGGCGAGGAGCAACGGGUUUCGCCAACAAGCUUUAGCUGCUGAGCAAAAAGAAGAAAAGGAAAAAAAAAAUAAAAAAAAAUAAAGAGAAUACAUAAUUACAUAGAUAUAUUAAUAAAAUAAGUUUUAAUUAAAAAAAAAACACCGUGUGCUUGUACAUAGUCCGUGUAGACUUCGAAUAUUCCCAAAGCUGUGUGAUAUAUCGAAAACAAACAAACAAACAAACACAAAACUCUUCGUAAUGAAAGAGAAACUCGAUAAAGAAAAAGAAAA